UUAACAGGAUUACGAUUAAAUUCAAAACUGAUGAAAAUAAUCAUCACAGUUUGUAGGAUUUACUAGCAAGAUUGGGAAAUGAGUUAUCAUUUUCUUGUUGGAGGUGUUUUCCUCGUCGUUACAACGAUGUCACAUGGACAGAAGAACUAUACAGGUUGUUCUACAAGACCCGCUCAAAAACUUACAACGCCUGGAGUGUUAAGCUUCGAUCACCAAAAGUACUAUGCUCAAGAUAGCUCAAUCGUAAAACCCCACUUUGGACUAUACUAUUACACCACAUGCCGAUGGUUGGUGACGGUGCCACGUGAUCACUUCGUGUAUUUAAAAUUUCAGUCUAUAUCUUUAUACAACGAUAAGAAUUGCAAUCCGUGGUCAAAUUCGCUCAUCAUCUUUGAUUCUUCAUUCGAUUCAAACAAUAUCAAUUGGCGCUGUAAUAUUCAUGGCAGGCCAACGUUUUUGUCAUCAGGCCGUARUAUGUUGAUACGAUUUCAUCACAUGUUUGACUUUGAUAAACAUUAUAUGGGCAAUUUUGAAUUUACAGCUGUAUUGACGGCAGUCUCCAUCAAUAAUACAAAAUGUCAAUCAGGAGUAACCAAUCUUAUUGCUACAAACCAAAGUAGACAUGUCAUGACGCCACUAUUUCCAAGCUAUUCAACGCCUAGCCAGUACUGCACAUGGCUGAUCACGUCAACAUCACAACAUGUCGUUUAUUUCCGAUUCUCGCAUUUUAAAAUAGACGAAUCAGUCAAGUGUGAUGGAAGUUACUUUGAAGCACGAGAUGGCGAUAGAUCUGAUAGUCCCUUAUUGGUGAAACUGUGCGGUAGCGACUAUAAAUGUCCAAUUGUGUCAUCGGGUCGUCACAUGUGGAUAAGAUACAAGACUGGCAAAGCUCGUAACAACAUGAAUGCCUUUCGCGCUGAGUACAUURCUGUAAGAAAAGGUAUCGCUAAUGCAACAGUAUUGCUUGACAGCAACAGCACUGAGGUAAACGCUUCUAUAACCAAGGAAGACAUCAAAAGAAAUGACAACAUUACCUGUACAUGGGCCUUUAAGGUGCCGCGGGGAAGACGWUUAAACUUAACAGUGUCAUUGAUGCCACYUGUGCAACAAGGUUGCUCCAAGGAACGCAUAGAUAUCAUACGUGGUCAAAGUCUUCAUGGUCCACCCAUAAUGUCAACAAAUGUCUCUAUCACAACUGCUAGGACCGAGACAUUAGCAAUAGGUGGACAAUACUUGAUAGUUCGACUUGUCCCCAAUCGUAAAGGAACCAGUUGUACAUUUAUGAUCCAGAUAAAAAGUUGGAUUAAGACACCUCGCAUCAUCUUUACACCACCUUCCACAAUAGGUAAGGCAACCAAGCCAACASUGGUGUCAGUCCUUACCACUUCGUACCAUAUGUCAACUUCUUUCACAAGCGCUGGUGCAAACGAUGCAGAGCUACUUUCUCAGCCGGCAGAAAACWCUACCUGGACCAAUGUUGGUGUUGGAUUAGGAACUGGGGUUACUUGUAUUGUGAUUGUCAUGUGUUUCGUGGUGAUUCGAAAGAAAAUGAAAUCACAUAGAUGCAAAAGGGCUCUUCGCRGCAACGUUUGGGAAAUUGAAUCCAGCAAAGUGGUACUGCUAGAGGAACUGGGAGAAGGAGCGUUUGGUAAAGUAUGGAAAGGAUUCAUCCGGAGGAAAGACAUCUCAAACAAGAUGGAAUUAGGCCAAUUGGCUGAAAGUGGAGGAAACAGUGUUCUGGGACUACAAAAAGAGACUGCUGACCAGUCUAUGGURGUUGCUGUUAAAACACUUCAUAGUGGUGAAGAGGACACAGAAAAAAAGAACGAAUUUCUUCUUGAAAUCGAGUUCAUGAAGACUGUUGGAUACCACAGGAACAUCAUCUGCAUGCUUGCUUGCUGCACGUUGGAAGAAAAUGUGCUUUUGGUUGUGGAAUAUGCCGAAAAUGGGGAUUUGUUGACGUUCUUGAGAAAUACACGGAAAAAGAUGAUUGCAAGAGCCUCUUGUCAAACUGAAUUGUUGGGCAUCUACGGAAAUCAGGUCAACAUAACUUCCCCAGAUMGCACAGRCAGUGAAUUUCCAAUGCAAAAGUUACARAGUGAUUUCAUGUCAUUUUCAUGGCAGAUUGCCAAAGGAAUGGAAUUUUUGGCAUCAAAAAGAAUUGUCCAUCGCGAUCUCGCUGCUCGUAACAUWCUUCUAACAGAUGCUUACCUGAUCAAAGUUGCUGAUUUUGGACUGUCUCGGCAAACCACAUACAAGGAGCAAAUCUACAAGGCGCAGGGACGACGUAAGCUGCCCAUAAAAUGGAUGGCACCUGAAGCCAUUUUCGAAGAAACCUUUACAACCAAAAGUGAUGUAUGGUCAUAUGGGRUAGUUCUGUGGGAGAUAUACUCAAUGGGCGGUGCUCCCUACCCAACCAUCUCUAACGCCAAGCUAGUGCACCAACUGAGAAAGGGUCAUCGAAUGGAAAUACCAGACCUUUGCCCAGAUGACAUGUAUGAAAUUAUGAAGAGCUGCUGGAAUGGGCAAGCGGAAGAGCGACCAUCGUUCAGCGAUGUCAUCCAAAAUCUUGAGACCCURAUGACACGUGACAAUCCGUACAUUGAGUUCACGGGAAUCGACGAAAACAUGGRAUGUUAUAUGGUGCCGUCUUUUAACAGUGCUCCARAUGAGACUGACGAGGAAGAUGAUACAUUGGCAUAGGCUCUUUUAGUAGAAUCAGAGAAGAAGACGCCGAGCAGGGAAAGAGGAAAAGAAAAUAUCAAAUUAGAAUUCGAAAAGAAGAACUAGAAAGAUCUAAUGAAGGAAAUACAAUAACCGAUCAUGUUGAAUAGAAGGCCGAGAAUAGAAGAAGAACAUCAUUUCAUUUUAGACACCAAGAAAGAGCUCGUAAUUGGUGAAAUUACAAAGAUUCUAUAAGUGGACAUUUCGCCUUGCAAGAAUAUUUUUUGCCGGACCUUAUGGCUUUGCAUUAUAGAAUGUCUUUUGAAAAUCAUCCAGUUGCGAUUCGUUGUGUUUUUCAAAAGUUCCUUGUGACAAUUUGUUUUGCAAUGCUAUAGACAUAUCACUGACCAUAUUGCUAGAUUAGCGACGUGCAGACGUGCAGCUGCAUCAUUAGGCUCUAUUUGAACUCACGAUAUGGUGCAAAUCGUAAUAAAUGCAUGAAUCUUUUUGAGAACGUAGAAACUUCAGUCAGCUCAGGAUCAGUUGAUUCUUAAGCUACUGGAAAGGCUACUUGCAAGGUAUGUUGCUUAGCUUUUUAGUCAGUGCUGAAAAGUCACCACGCAAGGUAUAGCUUAGCUUAGCUUUUUGUUUUUCCUUGAUAGUGUGCAAGUAGCCACAUAAAAAUUGUUUUUCUGUAGGUUUAGAUCGAUUUUCUAAGCUUGAUAACGUUUUAGUCACAACAGUCUAUCUGUGGGCAAAUCCAAUGCAAUUAUGGUUACCUAAAGAGCUAUGAUUAAUAUUUUUUUUAUAUUACUUGAUAGAUUAAUGAGCAUAGCGUUAUUAUGUGAUUAGAGUUUGAUCAUAGGACGUAUCUAAAAAGGAAAAACACUAAAUUAAUUUGUAAUUAGUAGUACGAGCUCAAAAAUGCGUAAAUUUAUCAAAACAAGGCGUCUGAUGUUAUUUGGUGAGUGAAAUUUUUAAAUUAAUAUAUUUCUGGUGACUCCCUAAGAUUAAAGUAUUCAAGUUCAAAAUAAAAUGUUUGAACUUUUGACAGCCAUAAGGCGGCCAUAUUGGCAUUGCUUCUAUACAAUUUAACCACAAACCUUGAUUAAACAACCAUCGUACAGUGAUUAGGCUUUUUGCGGCUACCGUUUUGCAGCACAAAGGGAAUUGAAUAAGUCAUUAUACUGAAAGACUAUUACUUCAUAUAAAGUCCGACGUAAGGAACAUCAUUUAGAUAAAGGACAAUUGUUAAUUAAAAGGAUUGACGAACACAAGUUUGAAUACGUUCUAGAUGGAGUUUUACGCGAAACUGGAACACAGCUGCAUAUCAUAGUAACUAAUUUGUAAAUGUUAUUAUAAGGCAAUAUAGUCCAUUCAUCAAUGGCCUAUUGCGAACAUUAACGAGAAAAAUCAUUAAACCGUUGAAACAAUAAAUUUGACCAUUUAAGUGUGAUAUCCAAAUUGAYCCAAAAACUGAAAACAACGCAACUAGAGCGUACUAAGAUGUAUUAAUUAAAUACGUAUUUCAC